AUGCGCUCGGUAUGUGGUUUUCCAUUGGCAUCACUGCAUUAUCUAUCUUACGACUGUACAUUAUUUCCAUUCAAUAUCUACACAUUCCUUUUUCUCUUACUCAGGGUCAUCAGGGACGGUAUAUUUUUUCCUCCCCGGCCUAUUCAUAUUCUCCCUCUGCGUUUAAUAUUAUUCUAUCUAUCUAUCUAUCUAUCUCUCUAUCUAUCUAUUACAGUCUGUGCUGUUUAUCUAUCUAUCUAUCUAUCUAUUACAGUCUGUGCUGUUUAUCUAUCUAUCUAUCUAUCUAUCUAUCUAUCUAUCUAUUACAGUCUGUGCUGUUUAUCUAUCUAUCUAUCUAUCUAUCUAUCUAUCUAUUACAGUCUGUGCUGUUUAUCUAUCUAUCUAUCUAUCUAUCUAUCUAUCUAUCGCAGCCUCUUCAUAUCUAUCUAUCUAUCUAUCUAUCUAUCUAUCUAUCUAUCUAUCUAUCUAUCUAUUACAGUCUGUGCUGUUUAUCUAUCUAUCUAUCUAUCUAUCUAUCGCAGCCUCUUCAUAUCUAUCUAUCUAUCUAUCUAUCUAUCUAUCUAUCUAUCUAUCUAUCACAGUCUUAUCUAUCUCUCUAUUUCAUUAUCUUCAUCACAUUUACAUAUUCGCUCGAUUCUGUGUUUUAAAGAUAUCAGUAAGAUGGCGUCCAAUUCUUCUCUAUACACUGAGUCAAUGUUUUGGGGUGACCUUGCUGUUCGUGGGAGGCCAGGUUUCUUUUUCUUUACAUCACCCGUUUCCCUGAAGUUGUUUACCCAUGAAACAAUCGACUGCCGGCCAUGA